AUGAAUGCACUUUUAGAGCGAAUCCAUGAGCAGGCAAUGGAAUCGAUAACUGCUGAUGUUAUUAUGGUGCAGGGUUCGUCGUUUUUCCACAGUCACAAACUCAGAAAUCAACUUGAUUAUAAGGUCUAUCUGCAUUCGGAUUCCGAUAAACGAUUAGCUAACUAUUUGACCUAUACCAAAGGGCAUCAAUCAUUCGAAACGGCAAUGCAAAAGUACUUUGAAGAAGUGAAACCAAAGGACAGUUCGACAUUGCAGUCCGAAGAGCAUGCUGAUUUUAAAGUGCAAAAGGCUGAUGCAGAAGAAGUGAAAGGUUUCGUUUCAGAAGAGUUGAAGCUUCUCGGCUUGAUAAUCAAGGAUUUGUGCUUGGCGAAAAAAGGCGACGGUUCGGUGGCUGAUCUGUAG